UCGGGUCAGAAACUGAAGCUUUGUUUCAGAAACUCAAUUUCAACCCCACCAGGAUUACUUUUCACCAUGUUUUGAGGACGCUUGCCCAGACGGGACGUGCUAAAUUGAUCCUUCAAGCUUUUGCAGUGCAAAUGCAAAACCGGAACUUUGGGUUGACGGAACGCGAUUACACCGUCGGAAUUACAGCUUGCGGAAGGUCAAAGCUGUGGCAAGACGCUUGUUGGCUCUUGAACGCGAUGAGAGAGACCAAGGUUACUGCGGACCUUUUCACUUACAAUGCCGCCAUCGCUGCAUGUGAGAAGGGAGGUCAAUGGCAGCAGGCAAUGAUUCUUUUUGGGGCAAUGAAAGCAGCCAAAGUGAAUCCAGAUGUGGUCAUCUACAGUUCUUCCAUCAGUGCUUGUGGGAAGGGUGGUCAGUGGCAGCAGGCACUGUGCUUGUUUGAAGAAAUGAAAAGAACUGAAGCAACACCAAAUGUCAUCACCUACAAUGCGACAAUCAGUGCCUGUGAGAAGGGAGGUCAAUGGGAGCAUGCAUUGAUGCUCUUUGGUUCUAUGCAGACAGCCAAUGCGCACCCAGAUGUGAUCAGCUACAGUUCUUCCAUCAGUGCUUGUGAGAAGGGGGGUCAAUGGCAUCAGGCAUUGAACUUGUUCAGGGCAAUGCAGAAGGCCAAAAUUAUCCCAAAUGUCAUCAGCUACAGCGCCACCAUCAGUGCAUGCGAGAAGGGAGGCCAGUGGCAGCAUGCCCUCAUACUUCUUGAAGAAAUGAACGCGGCGGAAAUGAAAGCAGGUGUGAUCAGCUACAAUGCGACCAUGAGCGCUUGUCAGAAGGGUGGUCAAUGGCAACAGGCCCUAUCACUGCUUGAGGCAAUGUUCGCCGCAAAAGUUCAACCAGACAUGGUCACCUACAGUGUGCUACUGGAUUGUAGGCAUAUUGCCAGCGAAAAAAGCCGCCUGGGCGGAGAUAUCUACCAGAAGGGUUUGUUGCCCAUCUUGAAGAGGUCCUCGGCAUUUAAGGGCCUCAAGGUAGACCUGCACUACCACUCCGAAGGAGCUGCUCGACUCACCCUACUGUGGUGGUUGUCCACCACGGUAGCCAGACGCCUGGAAGAGAACGACAGAUUGGAGUGUACCGUGGUCACAGGUCAGGGGAAGUCGCGGCAAGUCUGGGAUACGACAGAUGUUCAAGCAGCUGCCUUGGAUUUGUUGAAGAGUUUGAAGCUGGACGCGUGGGUUUUCCCCCAGAACAGAGGGAGGAUUGGCGUGGCUCUCAGCAAGCAGGACAUGCCAAAGCUCCACAGCUGCUGGCACUUUGGAGACCAAAAAAAGCUUGACGUCAGGGCUAGAGAGGUGCUGAACUGCUGGAAUUUUGGUGCCAAUUGGCCCAUGUUUGGUUGGCAACGUCCAGAAUUUUUGGGAUGUCUUUGUCCACCGCAUUCUGAUUCUUCGGAUGAAUUGGCUUAUGUUUUCUGGUGA